AGUGCAGGUUCAGUGCAAUGACCACUGCUCUAGAUCGACCAUAGCCCUUUGCAACUCUGGAGUGACAAGUAUAACAGCAGUUGCGGGGUCCUCUUUUAAAUGAUGGACCUCGGCGAGUGAGUGACGUCCCACACGGGCUCCACUGUCCAUGCCUCACUGCAGGACCUCAGUUGCGUUUAUGAAGCUCUUCAACUUCUUGGCUACACAUCUUCCCCUGGCAAAAAGGAUCAAGUUCUGUACUUGAGAACCAUCAGAGCAGAAGACACACUCAUUCCCACUGUUCAGGUUGCUUAUAUCUCUCCAGUGCGGACUUGGACGGGUCCGUCAUUUGGAGACCUCGUCAUCUCCGAUUGACGCACAAAGACUUUAACCCCGAGCGUCCCGGCUCAGAUUUUGCCCUUUCAUCAGUCAACAUCACCAACCUCAUCUGCUCCGUGGGCAAUUUUACUUCCCUUUCAAAAUGACAGGCUUAACAAACCUCCCGCCUGAAUUACUCCACAACAUUCUGAGCUACGUCGAUAUCGAAGAUCUCGCCAGGAUAUCCGUGACAAGCCGAUGCCUGAACAACUUCGUCAAGGGCAACAAUGCCCUCUGCCGGGCCAUGUACCUGCGCAUUUUCGAUGAGCCGCCCGUCCGAGACCUCAACUUUGAGCAGGAGCUUCACGACAUUGCCGCCCUCAAAUUCCUCCUCUCUCCCAAGGAUUCCACUCGAGGCCGGAAAGUCCAAGCCCGCCUUCCCUUCGUCUACAGCACCGUGACCCGCCUCCUCAACCACGCCAUCGCUGUUCCAGCACCUGGCACAACCACCUCCACCACCUCCACCACCUCCACCACCUCCACCAACACCACCUCCUCCUCUGAGCAAGACCCUUCCGCAAGCAGCAACGCUUUUACCUCCCGCCCCUCCCGCGCACAGACCUUCCCCCAUUCACGCAACGCCACCUUCCUCACGACCGUCUUCGCCGAGGAGUCGGCCCGCAGCAUCUUCCUGACCCAGUCGUGGCUCUACGAGCGCGGCCGCGAUCUCAAAAUGAUUGACUACGGCGACACGGAUGACUUAGACGACGACAUUUUCCUCGAGCUCUGCUCCUCCUCCUCCAAAGACACCGACUCCUCCCAACAAGAAGAGGAGGAACCUCGUUCUACGGCCUCCUUUCGGCGUCGGCAGCGCAGGCGUAAGGCCGUCGUCGUCGACAAGCAUGGCCUGCGCCGGCCGAGGAAAGUCCGGGUGGAGGAUCAGAUGAGCGCCAAGCUGCAUUGUUUGUACGGGUGGGGACUGGGGUUGGAUGACGGGUUGAAGGACCCCGGCACGGCGGACGCCGAGGCGCGGAAGCGCGCGGUGUGGGCUGCGAGACAGGGCGGUGGGGCAUAUGCUUUGGCGUGUUCCAAGGUGUAUGACAUCAGGGAGUAUACGAGGGGGACGAGAUGGGGGCCUUUUCGGGAUGAGGAUGAGGAUAGGGACGGGGAUGGGGAUGGGGAUGGGAAGGAGGGAGGGGUGAGGGUGGAUUGGGAGAAGGUGGAGGCCAUCAUGAUCGUGCUAGGGACGAAUAUACGCGCCAAGGGGCUCGAGAGGUUUCCCAUCUUUUGGCAUUUCUGGGGGAAGCCGUUUGCGGGUACGUGGGGCGAGAGUUAUAUCCCCUGGUCGAGGGACAGGGAGCUGGGGCGGAAGAAGGAGGCCAAGGAGCUCGAUCGGAGCGACCCGUACGGGGUCACAGGCUGUUGGUUGAGGGUGGUGUCGUUUGUCGACUACCACGAUUUUUUCCAUUUCAACUUCCCCUCCGUCGACGGGCUCCCGCGCGAUGUCCCCCGCCCGCCGCUCAAUUUCAGCCAGGCCACGCGGCUGAUCCUGAUGCGCAUGCGCGUCAGAAAGGUCGAGCCCGCCGGCACCGGCGACCACCCGGACUACCCAGUCACGCACUUUGAGGGCUUCUCGCGCGCGCUCGACGGGUCGUGGGACGACAACGCCGACGCGACCAUCCGUGGUACCGUGCGCGUCACCCCCGAGGGAGAGGUCCAUUGGACGUCGUACUCGGUGUACAACGGUGAGGAGCGGUGGAAGAGCGAGGGUGUGCAGGUGGGAGGGAUCAGGUCGGCGAGGGGCGUGGUGGGGACCUGGUUUGACAAGGAUUUCAAUCCCGAGGGCCCCUGCGGGCCGACAGCGUUCUGGAAGAUAUCGGACCGCGAGUCGAAACUCGCCGACGGGCCGCAGGUACUGCUGGAGGAUCUUUUCCCGCUGAUCGCAGAUGAUAUGGAUGAGGAACUGGACGACGAGGGUGAGGAGUCUGGGGACGAGUUCGUCCUCCAGGGGUUGGAUCCGUUCGGCCCGGACUGGACUGAAUACGAGCUUGACGACGAACUGGAUGGGCUGUACUAUUUCGAUGACGAGGAUGUCUUUGACGCGGAUGAUCUGGAGGCGCAUCUUGGGGGGCCGGGUGAGGAUGCCUUUGGCGAGCAUGAUUUGGAGGCGCACCUGGGGGGGCCGGGCGAGGAUGACGAGGAGUAG